CAUCUAAAUGCACCCAAAGAGCUCGUAAAAUGAUACGAAUUAUCCGUUUCGUUUAUUCAAACUUCAGGCUUCAGGUCCGUUGUUUCGAUUUCUACGGAUUAACGCGUGUAUUAACUAUCGUAUCGAAAUUUUGAUUAAAAAAAUCAUCACUGUCAAUGUUUCACGUUUUAAUGUUGUUGAAAUCGUGCUAUAUCAUAUAGAUUAAUAUUUGCGUCUUAAAAUCUUGUUUCGCGCCAUUUUUUCUACCCGCUGAUGGAAAAUCAACUGCACAUCGGAAAAAAUUACGUCUUUUGUUUGUCAUUUCCAAUAAUACUGACGAAAUGACAAUAGCCACAAAUACAUGAAAAAUGCAUCUGAAAAAUUAGUGAAUUUUUAUUUUAAUGCAUGCAAGUAAUUCGACUAGAACCCGUUAAACAUGAGUAAAAGAAACAUGGCUUCGAGGUUAACUGAUACUAGUGAUAGCUCUAGCGAAGAUGAAUCAGGAAAUGAAUAUCAUUCCAACAAGAGAAAAUUUGAUGACUCCUUCAAUGAUAGUUCUGAUGAUCAAUCGUCUAAAUUACCGCGUUUUAAUCGCUUCGAUAACUAUUAUAAUAAAGAAGUCAAAGAGGAAGAUAAAGAAGAUAAAGAUGAUAAAACAGGCUUUGAAACGCACAAUAUCACAAAUUUUUAUGACAAAACUGACUCUAAUAGAUCAGCUACUGAAUCUGAAAAAGCAUCAAGUUCCUAUUACCAUGAAAGUAGUGCAAGUGGAAAUAAUAGCAGUAUUUCUCAUUCAAAAUCAAGUUCUGUUUUGAACAAAAGCAACAUAAAUUUGAAAGAUGUGCAAAAUAAAAAGCCAUCAACAGGUGGAAGUAGUAUGGCUGAACGUUAUAUGAAAAAAUUUGGUCAUAAGGAAGGAUUAGGUCUUGGUAAAGAUUUGCAGGGUAUAUCAAUUCCAGUAUCAGCUUCUACCCAAAAAGGUCGUCGAGGUUUUGGUUUUACAUUAGAAGAUCUUGAGCAAGCUCAUAUUGAAUUCAAACCUGAAGAUGAAAUUGUUAACGUACAGGAAGAAAUUACAUGGUUGUCAAAUAAAUAUACAAAAUUACCAUCUGAUGAAGAAAUAAAUAGUUGGAAAAGCAAAAGAAAUAUUGGUGUAAGAAAAGAAACCAUAGAUGGAGAAACAACAUUUUGUGAUGAACUUGUAGUUAAAGGUGUUAUCAAAUCAAAAUCAGUUUUUGAUAGACUUGACAAAAAUGAAAUGCGAGAAGCUAGAACAAGAUCAAAUCCUUUUGAAACCAUUAGAGGAUCUAUUUUUCUUAAUAGAGCUGCUGUAAAAAUGGCUAACAUGGACCGUGCUUGUAAUUUUAUAUUUACACAGCCUGAUAAGUAUGAUAGUUCCAAUGAAUUACUAUACUUUGCAGACGUAUGUGCAGGUCCGGGAGGGUUUAGUGAAUAUGUUUUGUGGAGAAAAAAAUGGCGUGCUAAAGGCUUUGGUUUUACUCUUAAAGGUGAUAAUGAUUUUAAGCUUCACGAUUUUCAUGCUGGUCCUCCAGAAACAUUUCAUCCUUUCUAUGGUGUAAAAGAUGAUGGUGACGUUUACGAUCCAGAUAAUCAACUUUCAUUUAGAGAUUUGAUUAUGAAUCAAACAAAACAUGAAGGAGUUCAUUUUAUGAUGGCUGAUGGAGGCUUUUCUGUAGAAGGACAAGAAAAUAUUCAAGAAAUUCUUUCAAAACAAUUAUAUCUUUGUCAAUGUUUAGUUGCAUUGAUGAUUGUACGUACAGGUGGACAUUUUGUAACAAAAUUGUUUGACUUAUUUACUCCUUUCAGUGCUAGUCUUGUGUACAUAGUAUAUAGAUGUUUUAAAAAAAUCAGUAUAUUUAAACCAAAUACUUCUAGACCAGCUAACUCAGAAAGAUAUCUGAUAUGUCAAGGAAAGCUUCCAUAUAUAAAUCAUAUAAUAGAUUAUUUAUUCGAAAGUAAUAAAAUACUAUGUAAAAAUAAUCAUGCAAAAGAUAUCUUAGAACUAGUACCAACAGAUAUUUUGACUUCAGAUUCAGAUUUCUUUGAAUACUUAAAAAAUUCCAAUGAAGUUUUAGGACAAAGACAAAUUAUUGGCUUGAAAAAAAUUGCUGCUUACACAGAAGAUAAAACUUUGCAAGAAAUUCGACAGAAAGAAAUGAGAGAAGAAUGUUUAAAAUACUGGAAAAUACCUGAUGAAGCAAGGAAGAUACCACGUCAAACAGAUGCAUCAUCUAAAGCCAAAGCAAUUUUAGGAGGAUCCCAUGGUAUUCUAAACAAAAAUGCAUUCAAAGACGCUAUGAAGCUUGAUAAAGAAAAUAUUUCAAAUACAAUUUUAAUGAACGAAAACGAUUGGUUGUGUACACCAUGUUUCUCUGGAGAAGAUGAUUCCGGUAUGACAGAGGACAAAACUGCAACAUUUUUCUUAAGUAUGGGAAGAUCUCAAAUAUACAAGUAUAAUAAAGACUAUUGGGAACUCAUAAAAAAUUUCAAAGUCGAACUGCCUCGUGAUACUCUAGUUUAUGCAGAAGCAGUUAUGGAAAUGAAAAAAGAAAGUCGAAGUAUGACAAAAACUUAUGGUUUCCAUAUAUUAGAUGCUUUUAAUCUUGGUUCAGAAAAUAUUUCUCAUGAAUAUUUUGAUGAGAGACUACGAUUAAUUCGAUUAUUCUGUGAAUCUCUUUGGAAACCAGCAGAUACAUAUUACGCUCGUGUUCGAUUGAAAAAUUGGAUGAAAGUUGAUUCCAAACUUCAUGAAAAAAUACCAUUGAAACAGAGAAUUAUGAAAAAUAAUACACGAGUAUUAGGAUAUUACCCGUCUUACUACCCUUAUGAGAAUGACAAUGACGAACCAUAUUACUAUGUUCCGCGAAGUAUUGUUUUUUUCAAAUUCAUACAAGAUCCAUGGGCUUAUCAUUUCAGUAAUUCAAAUAAAAAAUGGUAUUUCUACAAUAAAAAAAAUAAGAAAUCACAUUGGGAAAUUCCUGAAGACUCAAAAGCUAACUUUUGUCAAAUUAUACAGAAUAGAGUAAUUUGGAUUUGGCCAAACAGUCAGUCUUUGACAAUGAAUGAUUUCACUGAGCUUCUGGAGAUGAAAAAUGCACAAAAAAAGAAAUAAGCACCAAGCUUUUAAAAUUAUAUCCAUAAAAAUUAUAACUUAUCUUAGUUCAUUUAAAAUUAAAGUUCGAAAAUUUCACAAUAAUUAUUUAGUUAGACAAUAAAGAAAUUUUGUAAAUAUGUAAAUUUAUGCAUAAAAUUACAUGUAUAACUACAUUACGUAUCACUUAAUAGAAAUAGCUGUAUGUACGAAAAUAUCAAAAGUUUUAAAAAUAAUUUUGAAAUUGACAUAAUGUAUUUUUUAUUAAAGUAAUUAAUUUUUAUCCAUAUCAUUAGCUCCUAUCAUAAGAGGCUCUUCAUUUCUGAAACCUUUCAAAUUUAUUAACGCGAUAACAGCAAAAUCAUCUCAAUCGAUCAAAUACAGAUUGUUAAAUACCUAUUCCAUUAGACUUGUUCUACAUGGACACCCACAUCGAUGCCUAGUUAAAUGACGUGAGAAUCAUGAUGAAUUAUAUUAUUACGUUCCACAAAGUAUUGCCUAAAAAUUGAUACAAAAUUCAAUAAUUCAAAUUGAAAAUGGUAUUUUUAUAUUAAAAUACAAAUAGAUUAAAACAUUUCUAAAGAUUUGAAAAUUAACUUUUUGUCAAAGUAUACAGAAUGGUUUUUAUU